AUGCAGGUCAAGCGUCGCCUGUCUCGCGGAGACAGCGAUGAUGGCGACCGCAGCGAAACUCGCUCACCUCGGUUCCCCUCUCCCAAACGAGCUCGCCUCGCAUCUUCGGUCGCCUCGCGCCCUCCCUCUUACGAUGCGAUAUCGACGCUGCCCUCGGAGCUCCUCGCUCGGAUCUUCUCGUUCCUGAGCGAGACCACCCUGCUGGAGCUCUCGACCGUGUCUCGUUUGUUCCACCGCGUCGCAACCGAUGGCCAUCUGUGGAGGGCUCAUUACUACCGACGCUUUAUACUCCCGCGGGCUCACCUUAUCCCCGGCUUUCGACGAGGGUCUUCCGCAAAGAAUGAAGUCGCCCCUGGCUGGGCAUCUUCUAUCACCGGGAUGAAAGGGGGUAGGAUAGGACGCAAAGAUAAAACGGAAGAGAGUCCCGGAGAGUCUGUGGAUUGGAAGAAGUCGUAUAAGCUCCUACACAACUGGGCACGCGGCCGCUGUGAUGUUGAGGAGCUGCAUUUCCACCCACAAGAGCGCUUUGCACCUGGGAAAACAGUCGUCAAGGUCGUCGAGGGACUGACGAUCACUGCCGACUCUGCCUGUGGGUUGUUGGUAUGGGACUUGCGCACGCGAGCUCCCAUAGCCCAGGCCAAACUGGAGUCAUACCAGAAACGACAGGUUCGGCCCUUGUCCAUGGCCGUGUAUGAUGAGCCGCUCUCCCAGGGCCAACUGGGGGUCGCGGUUGGGUUCGAGGAUGGCACCUUCGGGGUGUGGAGUAUGGACUUGGAGUCUGGCGAAUUGGUCGAGCUCUGCCGCCACGAUGUUGAAGGCUAUGGAGGACUCGAGGCUGUUGCUUACUGCCACCCGUAUGUACUUGUUGCUUCAAAGAGCGGCUUCAUCACUCUUUGGACAUUUGAUCAUCCAAGUAUACAGCCCCAGCCAAGCCCUGGGCAACAACCUUCUAGCCAGCCUCGAGAGGAAACCCCUCAAACUGAGGGCCUAUCUUUGAAUAAUGUCCCGGCAGACGAUAAGAAGAGGAAAACCGGCACAUUUGCUGGGCCUCCUCGGAUCCCAGUUCUGUUGCGGUCCCUUCAGUCCCAGAGUACGAGGCAACCACUUACGCUCUCGAUGAGGAAAGUUACAGCCCUACCUUCACACACCUCCUCAACUAUUGCUUCUAUUGUUUAUACCCUCGACACAAUAAAUGGCUGGUGCAUCGCGAUUCAGGAGCUCGAUAUUCACCCCAAUGAGUUCGACCCCGUUCCGACCAUUAUCGACUCUCGUCUUGCCUACACUCCCCCUUCAAGCACCCGUGGUUCUGCAUCAUCCUCUCCGAUCAGGUCUUCGGGCUCAGCUCGGCAAUUAGACAAUUGGGGAGAAGAUGAAGUUAACGAUGGCCCGGUUGGACUCUGUUACAGUCAUCCCUACCUGCUUGCCACUCUACCAGACAACACACUCCUCCUGCAUACGUGUAAAACCAAACCCCAUUCCUUGUCUAUAUCACCCGGGACUCGGUUAUGGGGACAUACCUCUGGUAUAUCCGAUGCUGAAAUCACCACCCGGGGCAAAGCAGUGAGCGUCAGUGCCAGGGGUGACGAAAUCCGAGUAUGGGAGCUCGAGGGCCGAAUUGGGGGGAGUGUCGAAGUACGGCCACGACAACAGGAGCAGGAUGAUAGCGCACUGAUCAAGAUGCCCGCUCUUGAUUUCAAGAAAAACAAGGUCGGUUUUGACGACGAGAUGGUCAUUGUCCUUCAAGAGGGCCAUGAUGGGCGAGAAAGCCUCAUGGUGUAUGAUUUCACUUGA